AUGGAAUCAAAACUAAGGAAAUCAUUUCACUCAGUGUUGAAUGCCACUGAUGUGGUACAUGGGUUUUCCUGCUCUGUGUGCAAAGAUGACAAUCUCAACACAGAGGCCAAGUAUUUCUGUGGGAACUGCUCUAAAUAUUACUGCGACACGUGCCUGACAUUGCAUGCAAAACUCCUCAAAGAACAUAGUGUGCUGGGACGUAAGGAUGUGGACAAGUGGAUGGGGCAGGGAGACGCCCUGGUAACCUGUGACCUUCACCCUUCAAACGUCUUGAAACUGUAUUGUGAAGACCACGCUGAGCUGUGUUGCACUCUCUGUGUAUCAUUAAACCACAGAAUGUGCCGAAACAUCAGCAUGAUAGCAGACCGAACCAGGGGCAUACACAAAAUGGACAACUUCAAGCACCUUCCUGCCAAAGUAACCGAGGCAUUGGCAAGCCUUAACAUAGUGGGCGAGAAUAGAAAGAAGAACCAGAAUUCACUGCAAGCUUCAGGGAAGUCCAUCCUGACAAAGAUAAAGAACCUGAAAAAGACACUAAACCAGCUGCUAGAUGAGCUAGAGAAGAAGACGCUAGAAGCUAUGGACAUUGUCCUGACAGACCUGAAUGGAUCAAUACAGAAGGAUAUUGACCACUGUAACAAUCUACACGAUCAGCUGAAGGCCUUACUAAACAAGAUCAAAUACCGGGGUGAAGACAGCGAGUCAAGCUCCUACAUUGGCUACACAAAAUGCCAGGAGAAGAUCGAAGAGGUCAACAACCUGCUCAAGCAGAUGUCCACCAGACCAGAGGAAAGUAUCACAUUCCAGCCUGACACACAAGCUGAACAACUACUGUCUGAACUGAAGACACUGGGAAACAUCAAGGGGUACCCUGACACACAGUUUCAAAAAAAUCCUGCUUGCGUGCCAUCACCUAGAGAAAUCAAAAUGUCAUCUGAUAUACCUGAAGUUUUUAAGUUAAAAGGGGGAAAAACAUUCAGUAUAAAAUUGAACACAGAUAAGCAGCCCUGCAGUAUUACUGGUAUUACACAACUUCCAGGAGGGGACAUUGAUCUUGUAGACAAAUCAAAUUGUGAAGUAAAAGUGCUAAACAGCAUGUACAGGGUUAUAUCCCACUGUCAACUCCCAGAGUAUCCAUGGGACAUCUGUCAUAUCUCGAAUAAUGAAGUGGCUGUAACAGUUACAUGCAGUAUUCCCGUCACAUGUGAAGUCCACUUUCUCACCGUUUCUACUGGCACAAUCAAGAUGACUAGAAUUUUCUUAGUUGAUCAUCCCUGUGGCUCCAUCAGGUACCAUCUGGGUCAGCUCUAUAUAGGCUCCAAAACUGCCCUGUACAUAUACACCACAGCUGGCAGGCUGGUUAAAAAGAUACAUGAAGACACAUUUGCGCAGUACACAGUGUUCAGCUUUUCAUUUAGCACAGAUGGAAGUAAGAUCUACAUAGCUGACCCAAGCCGCAGUGCAAUUGUCACUGUUGACAAAACGGGCAAUAUUCUUUCCACAUUGCAAGACACUGACAUUGAAUGGCCCUCUUAUGUACACGUGAGUGAGUUUGGGCAUGUGUUUGUGUGCUCCUUUUUCUCCGAAACCGUAUUGCAGAUUGACAUAGAAGGCAGACAGAAGCUGACAACACAUGUCAAGACGAAAGAUGGCAUCCAUGACCCACUUGCAGUCUGGUACAGCACCCGCACUGGCGAACUAAUCAUUGGUGGAGAACAGGAUGAAAUUCUGCUGGUAGAACUCCAGUGUUGAGACAUAGGAACAUACUGUAGAACUAUUACUUGAAGAAGUUAACAUGGAAAUGUGGUGGAACUAAAACAUACAACUCAAUAUUUACACCUCAACAUCCAUUCCUUAAAUGAACUGCA